CGGGCGGCGCGGGGCGGCGGGGCCGUUAUCAUGGCAGCGGGCGGGUCCGCCCAGCCCUCCCCGGAGCGGCCCGGCCCGGCCCGGGAACAGCCGGGCAGCACCGCCGGGCCCCUUGUCCGCAGCCCGGGGGCGCAGAGGCGUGUCCGACCUUCGCGCCUCAGCACGGUCAGCAGGACCACAACAACAGGCAAAAUGACAGCUGUGAGGUUUGAGCAAGGGACCCCGCCAAGAGAAUCAUCUGGAUCUCCAACAGCUGAAGAGGCCACAGUAAAGAUUGAUAAUGGUCGUGAUGAGAGCAAUGGACCAGACACCUGUCCCAAUGCAACUAGGAGAAAAAUUGCCCCCUUUGUGAUGUCAUUUGGAUUCAGAGUAUUUGGAGUUGUACUUAUCAUUGUGGACAUUAUAGUUGUGAUUCUGGAUCUGGCUAUCAGUGAGAGAAAGAAGGGUACAGAGAUUCCUGAACGUGUUUCCCUGGCAAUAGCACUCUUCUUUCUCAUCGAUGUUCUCCUAAGGGUGUUUGUUGAAGGCUUCAGGAACUAUUUCCAGUCCAAACUGAAUAUUUUGGAUGCAUGUAUAGUGGUGGGCACCCUGUUAAUUAAUUUGACAUACUGCUUCUUAGAUGUUGAUGCAGCAAAGGAGAUACCAAGAAUGGUUAUUUUCCUCCGAAUUCUGAGAAUUGUCAUCUUGAUAAGAGUAUUUCGUCUGGCUUCACAAAAGCAGCAACUUGAAAAGGUGACCAGGAGAAUGGUCUCUGAAAACAAAAGACGUUAUGUGAAAGAUGGCUUUGAUCUGGAUCUCACUUACAUUACUGAUCGAAUUAUUGCAAUGUCGUUUCCAUCUUCUGGGAAGCAGUCUUUCUACAGGAAUCCCAUAAAGGAAGUUGCAAGAUUUUUGGACACCAAACAUCCAGGCCACUAUAAAGUCUACAAUCUCUGCAGUGAACAAGGCUAUGACUCCAAGUACUUUCACUACAGGGUGGAAAGGAUCUUCAUUGAUGACCACAAUGUCCCAUCACUACAGGACAUGCUGAAAUUCACUUCCAAUGUCCGUGAAUGGAUGAGUCAAGAUGAGAAGAAUGUCAUAGUAAUUCACUGUAAAGGGGGCAAAGGCAGGACUGGAACAAUGGUCUGUACUUGGCUCAUAGACAGCGACCAGUUUGAGAGUGCAAAGGAAAGUUUGGACUACUUUGGGGAGAGAAGAACUGAUAGAAGAACAAGUACCAAGUUUCAAGGAGUUGAAACACCCUCACAGAGUAGGUAUGUUGGGUAUUAUGAGAUCCUGAAGAACAAGUAUAACUUGGAACUCCCACCAGAGAGACAACUCAAAAUAAAAAACUUCAAAAUCCACACUAUCCGUGGAGUUGGGAAAGGCAAUGGAACGGAUAUGAAGGUGCAGAUAAUAGUAAAGAAGAGAAUUGUACUACAAUGUGUAUGUGCCAAUCAAAAAAACUGCAGGCUCUUCUUUGAUUCUGAAAGUGACACUGUAGUCAUUGGCUUGGAAGACUGCCCUGUUCUACGUGGUGAUGUGAAAGUCAGAUUUGAAUGCAGUUCUGCUCUUCCAAAAGGCUAUGAUGGCUGCCCAUUCUUUUUCUGGUUCAACACUUCCUUUAUUGAAAAUAACAGACUCUACCUUCCCAGGAAUGAGCUGGAUAACCCUCACAAGUCUAAAACAUGGAAAGUCUAUCAUGAGACAUUUGCUGUGGAGGUGAACUUUAUUAAUGCAUAAGGGAAAUCUGAAAGAAGGAAAACAUGUAAAAUUCAUCUCUUUCCUGGAGAAUGUCUUGCUGUUUCAGUAUAAAGUGAAGCAGUGUCACUUGGAUGUAUCUACACAGAAAUACAUAAAGUACAACUUCUCAAAUAAAGCUACAUGAAGUUCCAUUGUGCAGGGCGAAAA